AUGGCCACUGUUUUUCUUUCAAAACCUGUUUGGCUGCCAAUAAAGAAACUGAAUGUGGCACUCAAUCAACAAUGGCUACCCGAUUUCGACACUCGUGCGAAAAAACUGCAGCCGAAAGUCGGGCACGAGCUCAAGGGCAAACCACUCGGAUAUGGCUUCCGCCAGAUCGCAACCGCGUAUCAAGCCACCACAAGAGAUGCUCCGAAAGAGGAUGUAAGCAUAGAUGUCCAAAAAGAUCCCUCGACCAACUACGUACCGUUGUUCGUGAUGCUUCAGCUUGACGUCAUCACUAGAGAAAACAAGCUCUUAAACGAGCAAAAGCUCGAGCGCCAGCUCAGCAAGCUAAAAAACGCGGGAGCCGAUGGGGUGAUGGUUGACGUGUGGUGGGGAAUAGUCGAGAGCAAAGGCCCACAACUCUACGAAUGGUCUUCUUACCGGAAAUUGUUUCGACUCGUCCAAGAAUGUGGGCUGAGAAUACAAACGAUAAUGUCGUUUCACCAAUGUGGUGGCAACAUUGGCGAUGCUGUCUACAUUCCGAUACCCGAAUGGGUUCUUACAAUCGGCUCCGAAAAUCCGGACAUCUUUUACACAAACAUGUCGGGAAAUCAAAACCGAGAGUAUCUGUCUCUAGGGGUCGACAACUUGCCUCUCUUCCACGGCCGAACCGCAAUUGAGAUGUAUAGGGACUACAUGAAGAGUUUCAAAGAGAACAUGUCGGAUUUUAUAGAAGCCGGGACUAUUAUAGAUAUCGAAGUCGGACUUGGUCCGGCAGGGGAGCUCAGAUACCCGUCAUAUCCCGAGACUCAAGGAUGGAUUUUCCCCGGAAUCGGAGAAUUUCAAUGUUAUGACAAGUACUUGAAGCAAGAUUUUAAGAUAGCUGCGGCUGAGGCAGGGCAAACGGAGUGGGAUCUACCAGACGAUGGAGGAACAUACAACGGAACACCAUGUAAAACGGGAUUUUUUGCGCCAAACGGGACUUACCUAACCGAGAAAGGGAAGUUCUUCUUGACAUGGUACUCUAAUGGGUUAAUCGGGCAUGCGGAUCAAAUUCUAGAUGAAGCCAACAACAUAUUCCAAGGAUGCAAAGUCAAGUUAUCUGCCAAAUCUGCGUCCGCCCCUGACUGGUGGUACAUGGACGAAAGUCACGCGUGUGAGUUGACUUGCGGUUAUUAUAACGUGAAAAAUCGAGACGGGUAUCGACCUAUUGCUAGGAUGAUUUCGAGACAUCACGGCACGUUGAACUUCACGUGCCUCGAGAUGAGAAACUCUGAACAACCGGCCACGGCUAAAUGUGGACCUCAACAGCUCGUUCAACAGGUUUUAAGUGGCGCAUGGACCGAAAAAAUUGAUGUUGCGGGUGAAAAUGCUCUUUCCAGAUUCGACCGAACGGGCUACAAUCAAAUCCUCUUGAACGUGAGGCCCAGUGGGCUCGGCAAAAACGGGCCGCCUAAGCGUAAGAUGGCUGCUGUGACGUAUCUUCGCCUGUCGGACGAGCUGCUUGAGCCCAUCAACUUCAGGGAAUACUGUCGGGCAGCAACCGAUUUCGGCCCUUUGCAGAGGUCGAAACCGAAGAUUCAGAUCGAAGAACUUCUAGAAGCAACUAAACCUAUCGAGCCAUUCGCGUGGGACGAGCAAACGGAUACGAGUGUGGGUGGAAUUUUCGAUGAUAUAUUGGACUAUUUUUCAAGCAAGUUUCUUUUUUUUCUAUACCAACUAAAAUUCUAG